AAUUGACAGUCAGUUCAGUUCAGUCAGUAAAAUGAAAAAUCGAACAAGACGAAAUACGAAUCCAUUGUAAUGAAAAUGGCAAACCAAAGAAUUAUUUAAAAAGUUCUCUGUGAUUCUGACUGUUGUCCCCAUCCCAGCUCGGUAAUAAGUGAUAAUUAUUAAAUAAAAUGUGUUUAUGUGAUUAGUGACUUGUGCGAUUUUAAUAUUGUAUUUGGAUUGCCGUGAUCAGUUUUACUGAAACUGAAGGAUUUUCUUCAGGCGUGAAAUUAAUUUAAAAAAAUGUCUUCAUACGAAAAAUUAAAGCUUCUUGUUUGGAAGAAUUUUCUUUUGCAAAGAAGACAUAAAUGGCAAACUGCAUUUGAAAUAGCAUCCCCUGUAAUAUUUUCUUUAUUCUUAAUAUUAAUACGAUGUCUCGUCGAUCCGGAAUCAAAACCAGAAGUAUCCUAUCCACCUUUCCGCCCAACAUAUUUCAAUAUGUCUGGAAAACAUUUAGGGAAUCUCACAACAGCAAGGAGAGAAGGCACAUUGGCUUUUUCUCCUGAAAAUCCACUAACCAGAAAGGUGACCCAGGAUGCCAUGGCAAUGGUGGCAUUGGAUAAUCUAGAUGGGUUUAUAGCACUACUGUUUGACACUAAAAUGCUCCCAGACCCCAAAGGGUUCAAUGAUUCUGCAGCACUUGAAACAGCAUUAACUCAACCAAAUGCUAUGAAUCAAAUUCUUGUUGGUAUACAAUUUGAUGACAGAAUGGCAAAUGCUACAGAGUGGCCCGAUGAUAUAGAAGUGGCAUUGAGAUUUCCAGCUGUAAUGAGGAUUCCGAUGCUUGAACAUCCAUUGAGAAUCAGUUGGAGGACAAACCUUUUGUUUCCAUUGUUUCCUCAACCUGGUCCAAGGGAACCUGAGGACAUGUACGGAGGGAAGACUCCAGGUUACUCUCCAGAAAUGUUCCUAGCGGUACAACACGCUGUAUCCCAAACUAUAAUCAAACAAAAGACCGGGAAGGUGAUAAACACAAAAGUGUUCCUCCAACGUUUGCCUCAGCUACCUUACAGGAAGGAUGACUUGUUGGUAGCUAUGGAGAGAUUCAUUUCCAUGAUCAUAAUGAUGUGUUUUGCGUACACUUUCGUUAACACUGUAAGAGUGGUCACAGCUGAAAAGGAAAUGCAACUCAAGGAAACCAUGACAAUAAUGGGAUUACCUUCUUGGCUUCACUGGCUGGCCUGGUUCAUUAAACAGUUCUCAUUCCUUCUGAUUUCUGUUGUGCUGAUGGGGAUAUUGUUUAAGAUACCGUUCAACUCAACUCAAGAUGGCGAAGGCUAUGCGGUGUUAACCUUCACACCGUGGACUGUCCUGUUUUUCUUCUUGACCCUAUUCGUGGUGGCGUCAUUGGCUUUCAGUUUCAUGGUCAGCGUAUUUUUUACUAGAGCGAAUACCGCCGCGUCAUUCAUGGGCCUAAUGUGGUUCUCAACUUACGCGGCAUACAUGCUCACGCAGAUGUUGUACGAAGACAUAAGCCUGACCACCAAGUUACUGCUCAGUCUGAUAUCUAAUGCUGCAGUGGGGUAUGCGUUGCAAAUGCUAAUCGUAUGUGAAGGAACUUCUAGAGGCUUACAAUGGGAGGACUUUUUCAAACCAGUAUCCUAUCAUGACCAGUUUCAACCCGGUCAUGUAGUUUUAAUGUUAAUUUUAGAUACUAUACUAUACAUGUUAGUUGCUAUGUAUGUGGAGAAAAUACGACCGGGUCUGUACGGGGUACCUUUGCCGUGGUACUUCCCUUUCACCAAGAGUUUCUGGUCUCCGAACAAAUCCAAAAUUGCGGCCGUCACAAACUCAAAUGGCGUAGAUCAUGAAUAUAAAAACGCCUUACUAAAGGUCGUCCAUGAUGAAGAACCAAAAGGUGUGCCAAUGGGCAUUAAUAUCGAAAAUCUCACAAAAGUGUACAAAGGACGUAAAAAGGCUGUAGAUAAUUUAAACCUUAGGAUAUAUGAAAAUGAAAUAACAGUAUUAUUAGGUCAUAAUGGUGCCGGAAAGACGACUACCAUAUCUAUGCUAACCGGUAUGGUCCCACCGACGUCCGGCUCGGCGACCAUCAACGGGUACGACAUAGUGAGCGAGACGGAGCAGGCGCGCAAGUCCAUCGGCAUCUGUCCGCAGCACAACGUGUUGUUCCCUGAUCUCACGGUCGCCGAACACAUCAUAUUCUACUCGCGGUUAAAAGGAGUGCCCAAGUCGAAGAUAAACGAUGAGGUCGAUCAUUUCGUCAAACUUCUGGAGUUGGAGGAAAAGAGGGACGUGGUAUCAAAGCACCUAUCAGGCGGUCAGAAGCGACGGCUGUCCGUGGGGGCAGCGAUGUGCGGGUCCUCUCGAGUGGUGUUACUAGACGAACCCACGUCUGGCCUCGAUCCGGCGGCCCGGAGAUCGUUAUGGGAUCUAUUACAGAAAGAGAAAAGAGGUCGAACUAUGAUCCUAACAACGCAUUUCAUGGACGAGGCUGACGUGCUAGGUGACCGUAUAGCUAUCAUGUCGGGCGGACGAUUGCAAUGUGUCGGUACAUCUUAUUUCUUGAAAAAGCACUAUGGAAUUGGUUACAAACUGACUAUAGUCAAAAUGGAUCAUUGCAAUGUACAGGAUGUCACGAGAUUCUUUAAGAAUUACGCACCAGACAUUAAGGAAAACACCAAUAUCGGAUCGGAGUUGACAUAUAUUUUACCAAACGAACAUGUCAGUAAAUUUCCAGAAAUGCUUAAGAAAUUCGAAGAAGAAAAGGAAAAUCUAAAAGUGUCUAGUUACGGUUUGUCAGUAACGAGCCUUGAAGAGGUAUUUAUGAAAGCGGGUGCGGAAGACAAUGAUGUGUCGUCCUCAAAGAAAAACAAUUACAAAAGCUUGUACAACGACUGUGCCAUAGUUCCGUUAGAUGGACACCGGAAUAAUAUAAUAGACAACGAGCCAAUACAAAAAGUGCGAGGGUUCAAACUAUUAAGGAACCACAUAAAAGCGAUGUUCUUAAAGCUGGCCUACAAUACGCUGAGGAACAAAUUGGCUUCAUUGAUACAGAUAAUUACACCAAUUAUAAAUAUAUCUAUAUCUGUAUGGAUAGCAAGGUCGUGGCGAUUCAUGACUCAGCUCCCAUCAUUGGAACUUAGUUUGGAAAGUGGUUUUAGGAAAACGGAAACUCUGAUAUCAGAAGGAGCUAAUUUGACUGAAAACAGUUUAGAACGAAGAGCGAUGAUGGCAUAUAAGGAUUAUUUUAAAACAGUUAAUACCGCAAACAUGCUAUUGACGGACAUUGGACAAAUAGAUUUAGGGAAAUUUUAUUUAAAAUUGAGUGAGGCAGACCAAGCCCGCGUCCGCUACGAGAACCUGGUGGGCGCCACGUUCGCCCCGCACCGCAUCACCGCGUGGUUCAGCAACUACGGCUACCACGACUCGGCGAUAUCGCUGGCUCUUGCCAACAACGCCAUAUUGGACGCCCUCUCGCCGGGCAGCUCUUUGACUAUCGUGAACCGUCCGCUACCGUACUCUAUUGAGAAUCUAGUCAAAGUGAUGGCAAGUGGAAGCAGUAUGGCAUUUCAAUUCGCCUUUAACAUCGGAUUCUGUAUGGCGUUCGUGACGUCAUUCCUCGUCCUUUUUGUCAUCAAAGAGCGCACGAGCGGCGCGAAGCUCCUCCAGCGUGUGUCGGGUGUGCGACCUGCGAUAUUGUGGACCACUGCGUUGAUAUGGGACUGGUUUUGGCUGCUCAUGGUCUUCUUCGCUAUAAUACUGACGUUAGCUUUCUACCAGGAGAACACGUUGGCCACACCUGAGGAAUUAGGCAGAGUGUUACUGGUGUUGGUGGUGUUUGCGUUUGCAAUGAUACCGUUACACUAUCUGGCAGCUUUUUAUUUCGAAGCCGCCGCUACGGGGUUCUCGAAAAUGUGUUUUAUAAACAUUUUUUCAGGUUGUAUGCCGUUUCUGAUAACAGAAGUAUUAAGAUUACCCGUAGUUGGUAAUCCGUAUUAUGCACACAUUUUCGACUGGCUCUUUUCGCCAUUGCCCAUCUAUUGCAUCAGCAGAAGUUUCAGGGACAUGAGCCACUCGUCGUUCUCUCUGCUGGCGUGCGACGCGCUGUGCAAGCAGUUCGAGAACAUCGACAACUGCACGCGCCUCACCGUGUGCCACAGGCUCAACGUGUCGGUUUGUUGUAUCGAAGACGACCCGUAUUUAAAAUGGAGCGAACCUGGUAUCGGCCGAUAUCUGUUUAUGAUGACAAUGGUGGGGAUACUCGGCUUCACAGUUCUGUUGAUCAAAGAAUAUGAAAUCCUGAAUAAGGUAUUCUACAAGGAGAGCCCGCAUCGCCCGCCGGCGCCGCGUGCGGACGAAGACGGCGACGUGGCCAGCGAGCGCAGCGCUGUGCAAGCUCUCACGCGGACGGAGCUCCCGCAGCACAGCCUGGUCUGCAGGGACCUUACCAAGUUCUACAAGGACUUCCUGGCUGUCAACAGACUUAGUUUCGCUGUGAACAAGGGCGAAUGUUUCGGUCUGCUCGGCAUCAACGGCGCGGGCAAGACGAGCACGUUCCGCAUGCUGACGGGCGACGCGCGCAUCAGCUGCGGCGACGCGUACGUGCACGGGCUGUCGCUCAAGACGCGCAUACAGGAUGUGCACUCGCUUAUUGGAUAUUGUCCGCAAUUCGACGCGCUAUUAGACAACUUGACGGCACGGGAAACCCUCAAAAUAUAUUGUCUUCUUCGCGGUAUACCUGUUAAAGUGGGCUCGGUGAGAGCUAUUCAGUUGGCCGAAAUGUUGGGUUUCAUGAGACAUUUCGACAAAAAGGUACACGAAUGCAGCGGUGGCACAAAGAGGAAAAUCAGCACUGCUCUAGCACUUCUUGGAGAUUCGCCGUUAGUGUUCCUUGAUGAGCCCACUACAGGCAUGGACCCAGCGUCCAAGCGCCUGGUGUGGUCGUGCAUCAGCGAGGCGGUGGGCGGCGGGCGCAGCAUCGUGCUCACCUCGCACAGCAUGGAGGAGUGCGAGGCAUUGUGCUCCCGGCUCACGGUCAUGGUCAACGGUCGACUGUUCUGUCUGGGGCCGCUGCAGCAUCUGAAGAAUAAGUUUUCUCAAGGAUACACUUUGAUAGUGAAAUGUAAAGCGGGACCAGACAGAGAUGCCUGUGUCGCAAAUAUUCAUCAGUACGUCCUCGACAACUUUGCGGAUGCGAAGCUUAUAGAAACCUACCUUGGCAUCAGUACGUACUACCUGGACGAUCAAGGGUUGCCGUGGUGGCAGGUGUUCCACCACAUGGAGCAAGCACGCGAGGCCUACUCCAUCGAGGACUACUCCGUCUCGCAGACCACCCUGGAGCAGGUGUUCUUGCGCUUCACCAGGAUACAGGGGCAACCCGAUCAAGUACCACCGGACAGUGGAAACCAUGUCAAGACUUAAGGUACGUUGUUUUUAGAUGAAUUGUAUCAAUGGAGACUAAAAACUGUCUUGAGGUUUAAGGUAGCUUAAUUUUUUUGGUUACUUAUUAGUUUAAAAGCGUUAUAACAAUUAAAGCGAGCUACUAAUUCAUCUGGUGUGUUGUCUAUCAAGCAGAGACAAUUUUCUAGAUCGCUGUAGAAUUCCACGGAUGAUUUAGGUAUCUAAGGCUUGAUCCCUAAAUUUCCCUAAAUUCUUUUUGCUAUAAAUUCACGUGUGUACCUCAAUUGGAGCAAUUUCCGCUCCUGUAAACAAAAAAAUGACUAAUUCUAAGAUUAUCUAUUCGUAUUUUCAAUUCUUGCUUUAAUAAUGUUUAUGUGACACAGUUCGUUAUGGUUAUGUCUGAUUUCCUUGUUUUGUGGCAGAAUCGUUGUAAGAACCAAAUUACAGUGAUUCUUUUUGGUUAUAACUGGCCUAUAAAAUGUGUCUAGUGGGACAUUAGUUUUCAACUUGAAUGGCACACUAUAGAAAAAAAAAUUAAAUGGCCCUUCCAUCGUCCAAUCUAGACCCCUUGCGGCAGGUAUGUGAGUAGCUCGCUCAAUAGAUUUCGUAUUAAAUAGAAAGAAUAGAUCAGGUGAUCGUCUUUCAGAAAAGUCAUCUUACCAACUUGAAAUAAGAAGAUAAAUGUUAUGAAUUUUGCAUUUCACUUGAAAUACCGUCAAACAAUUUAAAUAAUCUAAAGAACAUCGGUUGUUUAAUGUGCUAUUAUUUAGUCCUAUUAGUGCUGUAAGUCCAUGUUAUGUGUGUAAAAAAAGUACAUGAAAUGAUAAUUAAAUUAUGCAAGAAUACUUAAUGCCAUGGCCAUGAAGGCAUUAAGUAUUUCAAGGCCACAUAUGAGUCAUAAGUGCACAGAAUAGGAAACAGAUGGUUAUUGGAAAUGUAACUCUAAAAGUAAGUUACACUUCGCCUCUGCCUGUACCGACCAAGUAACGAAGAGUAACGAAAGUCCAGUUAAUAAAAUUAUUUUAUUAUUAAAUAUGAGCUAUUUGAUUUGAGCUUUUGGGUAAGAUCAAAGUUGUUGAUGGUGUUACACCCCAGUACCAAAGUACGUUAAGCUGUUAGACUCGAAAAAUUACCACCUUUUAAUUAAUUUAAACCAUUAACACAUUCUCUGCGGUACGAGGUCAAUUGACCUCGUAAGUCUAGCUGCUUCAAGAGUUACCACACCACAAAGUUUUAGUAUGAGGUCAAAAAACCUCGUACCGCACUAGAGGAAAGUACAGAAAAAUCAGUGCCACAGUGAACGUGUUAAUUAGCCUGCCAAUCUGCAUUGUAACAACGCUAUAAACCUUAUUAAGUUUCAAACCCCUAUUCAUAUAAGGAAGAAGGCCCACGCCUUGUAAUGGAUCGUUCAAAUAGGCUAAUAAUGAUGAUAAACAGCACGAGGCGAGGCGAUGCUGGUCGGAUGCUGGCUGGCUCUAAUGAGCUAUGACUACUAUUUUAUACGUGUAUUAAAUGUUUAGAUGUGUCUAUGUUAGUGUUGUUAUCAUGUUAUUUAUACUGUGUAUUGUCACAAAUGCAAUAUGUGUCGUUGUUCUAUGCUAGGAUAAUUUAUGUACUUAUUCAAGAUGUAUGGAGAAUUGUGGUAUAGAGAAUAAUCUUUCAUUAUAAAAAGUGACCGCCAUUAUUCAUUCUGACGUUUGCGUUAGAUCAGGUUACAGUUACAUUUUUUUUUUAUUGGAUUGCUUCAGAAUUUGAGGUUUUAUAAGCGUUUUGCCAUUCUAGCCACCUUAUGUUUUUAACUCCAAUCCGUCUACAAGUCAUAUAGUCAUAUGAUAUCCCGAUGCUACACACUAUUUAAAUUAAAGUAAUGGUCUAAAGCAGACACGUUUUUAGUUAAAUCCACUAAUGAAAUGAUUCUCCUUACCUCUUGUCUCCAAAUUUACUUGCAAGAACUAUCUAUAUAUUAGAUAUUUUUAAUCUGUAUUAGAUAGGAUCGACAACCGCAAAAAUAAUAAAUUAAAUACAGUACUUACCUACCUUAUUUAAUAGUGUUCAGCUAACGAUGACCCUUUUUUCAUAUUUUUAAUUCGAAAAUGUUAUCGCUGUAUAUUUAUUAAGUUAAUAUUAGGGGCAAACGAGACCACCCGAUGAUUGUGAAACAUUUGCUAUUGAUUCGUUCGCAAGGCAUGUAAUCAUUCAAAAUUCUGGCAAUGAGAAGUGUCUUUUGACAUUUUUGACGUCUUGCUACGGUGUAUUUCUUGUUAUUAUAAAUAGGCUAGUUGACACUUUUUUUUAAUGGUCUUAAAUAGUUCAUUAUUGUUCUACUACACUGAUUUUUUUUUUCAUAUUUUUACGAACGUACAUGAAAAUUUUAGUUUUUAAAUAUGUUUUUGACAAUACGAGCCAAAACGCCUGUCUGCCAUGACAGUCUGUUUCAUGUCGUCACCACAAUAUAUCCCAUAGAAAUGAAGCGUUUGACAUAAAUACUAGUUAAUAAGUAGUUCGACGUUUAGUACAUCAAGUGUGUUAGUGACGUCACAAAAUGGACGACAGCAUUUUUAACGUUUGGAAUAUUUGAAAAAAUACGCAAUAUUUAAAUUAAGUUUUAUAUGAAAUCCUUCACUUUUAUUAAUUGAUAUCGAUAUAUUUCGGACCCUUAUUCCAUGUACUACACGAAAUUAAUAUUGUUUAUAUUAAAUUUGAUAUGAGUCAACUACCCUAUUAUAAUUAGCCCUAUAAAAUGUUUUUGUUAUCAGAUUAAAUAAUGCCCCAAACGUAAAUGAUAAACUAUUUGGUAAUAUUUGAAAAAUCUAAAACAUUUCGAAUUGAAAAUUUUCAAAGUUUAUAACAAAAUCUAAGAAUACUCGAAAGUGUUCAACAUAUUGUAGUAUAUGACUUUCUCAAACUAGUUACUUACUUUUUCAAGACUGAAAGUUUAGUGUACCAAUAAUCCAAACAAAUUAAACUGAGUCUAUUUAUACUCGUAUAUAUUUUGUACACGUGGUUUUCACCUUGAAAAUAAUAUGUUAGUGUAGUGUGUAAAUAAUUUUUAACUGUCACCUAAACACAUUCAAAUAAUACUUGUAGUGAAACGUGUAACGUCAAAACAAAAUGCGAUCCAAUAUGUAUAAGUAACUAAAACAGUCUUGGAACUACGAGUACCAAUGUAUAUAAUAGGUUGGGGAAAAGGUAAUUCAUUUUAAUGUGGUUAGAAUUGUCCGAUUUAGGUCAUAUAUACACCAUUUUGUUCCUUAAUAUGUUGCCAUUUUAAGGGUAGUAUUUUAAUGUCUCUUUCAUAUAAGUCUUGGUCCAUAUUGGCAAAAAACUGUACUGAUAGAUUCGUCGUCGAAUAUUUAUAAAAAAAUAUGGCAAAUAUUCUUGUUAAAAAUGUGUAAUCGUUCAGGUGACAGUUAAAAAUGAUUUAUUUACGGUAUUUUUCCUCACAAUAACUACAGGCAAUGGGAGAAUGUAGUAGUUUAGUCACUUUUACUUUAGUUUUACUGAAUAUAUAAACUUGAUUCCUAUAGUUAGGAUCUGAUUAGAUUUAUAUGGCUGCCAGUAUUACUGUACUGUAAUGAAUUUUUAUGUACUUAGAUUAAUUAUUCAAUUAAUUCAUUAAAAUUAUUAAUGAUGCACGAAGAGUAGUUAUUGUGAAGAUUGACCGUAGUAUCCCUAUAGUAUAGAUAAUUCUUCUAUCUAGCUUUGCUAGCUAAUUAAAUUAUGAAUGUUUAAAAUUUCAAUAUAUUUGUAUAAUGAAGUGUACUUCAUAUAUUAAUUUAGUAUGGUGCUUGGCAUGACGUUAUUUAGAAAUAAGUUUAGUUUCAGAAGUGGGAUUGUGUUAAACGAAAUUCAAAAGAAUAUUAAUAUAUAAAGUUUUAUAAAUGUUUUGUGGCAACUAAAAAAGGCAACUAAAGAUAACAUACAUUAAUUACUAAAUACAUUUUCUAUUUAUGGUUAGUACUGCAGAUACACGUAUUAUGUACUCGUUUGACUGACUGAUAGUAUUAACUGACGUCAUUACAUAAAAAUACGCCCCACUUAAUUAUUAUUUGUAUUAGGUACUGAUUACCUAUUAAUUAGUGCUUGAAUGCAAUAUUUUCAAGUAUUAUUUAUUUACAUGUGACUUUUAGAAUGUGAUCGUUUUCGAAUACUUACUUGUACGAACUCGUACUUUUCAUUAUUAUUUAUAGCCAUCAUGAGUGUUGCCAUUAGACGUAAAAUAGGUUCAAGCACUGGGCCGACGAAGAUAGGUAAAUCAAUUAUUAUAUAUUAUAAUAAUUUAAUAAGUUAAUUAUUAUAUAUUAGCUACCUUGUUGUGGUGUAACAACAUUUACUGUAUUCGUAAUAGUGUGCGACAGUGUCCUAUGUUAGGUAUAUAUAUAUAGACGGAUGCAAUAUUUAUGAAGUUUUAGAACAUCCUGCGUUAAUUUGCGCAAUUAAAGAUUUUAGAUAUCAGCGGUAAUAUAGGGACGCGGCGACAGGACAUCACACCCCGUUUGCCUUCUUCCCACUCGUAUUCGCCUUACUAACUAACAACUCACCAUACAAUAAGUUCACGUGCCUGCGGCACCCAUUAAAACAGUAAAGAAUAUAACCCUAGAGUUAUGGGAAAUACUCCCCAGCACCCUGUAUAUGACCUACAUGUAGUGACAAACGCAACUGAUGUUUCGAAACGUCCUAAACAUUGCAUCCGACCAUACGGCCUUGUAUGUGUAUGUACCUACUACCUUAUACGUAUUGAAAUCGUGUACAUGAAUAAGUUCAAACCUUCUGAUAUAUUAUUAUUUUAAAUAUACCGUUUACCAGACUUAAAUUGUGAUAUUUUUUUGUGAUCCAUUGUAAUUUUAAUUUGAGAAAGUACAGCUAGCAUGUAAUUUUAUAUAAGUCCUUUAAAAUAUACUCGUAAGUGUAAAUGGGCACUUGGGAAGUCAAAUCUCGGAAAAACAAUUAUAUUGUUAACUAGCUGACACCGCGCGGUUUCAUCCAUGUGGUUCCCGUUCCCGUAGGAAUACAGUGAUAAAUUAUAGCCUAUAGCCUUCCUCGAUAAAUAGGCUAUCUAACACUAAAAGAAUUUUUCAAAUCGGACCAGUAGUUCCUGAGAUUAGCGCGUUCAACCAAACAAACUCUUCAGCUAUAGAUAACUAAGUAAAGUAUGAUUACACAAAUAAUAAAUACGUAAAUACGUGCUUUGCGUUUCGUCAUUAUGUACUUAUGCUACGUAAUAUAUUAAUUUCGUAUAUAUUAUAUGCUGGCUGUACACAUAUUUUUUAAGUAAGUAUAUUUUUUUCGGCAAAGUCGGGUUUUUUUAUUAUGUUAAACCUAUGAAAUAUAGAUUGUUAAAUAAAUAUUUAUUUUAAAAUGAUUUUACAUUUGUAUAGUACCUAUAUAUAUUUAUUAAUAAAUUAAUAUUUAUAACCACAUAAAUAAUUACAGAAUAACGCUUUCGAUGUGUCACAUAUGCAAGAUAUGUUUUAAGCAAAAUGUUCGCGUAUACCUACUUUAAGGUUUACAAUUUUUUAAAUAAAAUAUCUUUAUGGAA